AUGAGCCGGGAUUACCAGAAGCGCCAUCACUGUAUCAUCAUUGCACGAUUUUUAAAAAUCUUACGAGAGUUCAGCCAACGGGGAGAGAAAGAGUUAAUUUGCUGCCAGAAAUGUGAGCGUCAGCAUCACCGUGACAACCUGAUGCAAAUAGCGGCUGUGACCGCUGCCCAGAGGACAUUCAGGCCGCACCUGGAGCGCACGGGGCUGCCCGGGGCCUCACCCGACAGCUUGCAAAUGGAGACGUGGUCUGCGCUCUUACCAGGCCUCUGCCCGGAAGAAGCAAUUCUAACUCCUGAGCACCGGCUGACGGUCACACUCGUGGGCCCAGAAAACUCCCGACAAGGCAGCGGGAGGGGAGCGCAAGCCGGCUGCAGCCACAAAGCGGAGCGGUCCACUGCUGCUUCUGUAACGGCCACGCUCGCCAAGGCUUCUCAGCGCUGUCGUAAACCACAAUUUCCGCAGGGUCUCCUGAAACCUCGGGGUGUUCCCAGGAGGGUGAAUUCCUUUUACGCAGGUCAAGCAGGAAAUAAAACAAGAUUACUCACAGGUCUGAGCAUCAUGGAAACAUUAACCCAGACUAAAUCCAAAGGGCUGAGCCUGGGGGCCCAGGCUGGGUCCCCAAGGCUCUGGGACGGCCGAUCUUGGGGAAGUUGUUCACACUCCUGGAAGAAAGUUCACGCAGAUGGGGCUCUGGACGACUGGAAGCCAGACGCUUCAAAAGGCAGAAGUGGAUAUGAAAUCAUGUCCAGGGAACUUACAGAGCAGCGACGCGCCACCCGAGCCCCGCGGGGGUCGGAGAAACUGCGGAGAUGCGCAAGAUGCCAGCAGGGCCUCCGCGAGGAGACACUGCUGCCCGCGCGGUUUUACUUGUUACGGGACCCGUGGCCCGGGGGGUGGGGGGCGGAAGGUGCCCCCAGCCCUUCCUGCUCAGCGGCUGUCCACGCUCACGACCAGCGCACGUCUAACGAGAUGCGAUGGCCGGUUCUGUGGGGAACCGGUUCGUCCACCCUGUUCCGCUGA